GCCCUCGGCCCUCAGCGCCUCCGUCUCCCCGGAGAAGCGCGUCUGAGGAGGAGCGAGACGGCGGGGAGAGAGAGACCGGGAAGCGUCCACAGCAGGCCUUCAACUACAGACUGCAGCUGCACUGUUGCCUCGUGUGGGUCUCCAGCUUGCCAACCUCAGAUCCUUGGAUUCUCAUCAGCCUCCGUAAUCAGAUUAAAUUAACACUAUCAGAAAAGAGAGCCUUAUUUUCAUCAUGAAUGCUAAUAAAGAUGAGAGAUUCAAGUUCGGAAGCCAGGAUUUUCACCUUUUUCACACUUUGAUGAUGCUAACCAUGACCAUGCUGUUUCUUCCUGUCAUUGGGACUUCUAAGCAAAAUAUUCCACGGCUCAAGCUAACCUACAAAGACUUGCUGCUUUCAAAUAGCUGUAUUCCCUUUCUGGGUUCAUCAGAAGGAUUGGAUUUCCAAACACUUCUGUUGGAUGAGGAGAGGGGCAGGCUGCUCCUGGGAGCCAAGGACCACAUCUUCCUGCUCAGUUUGGUUGACUUAAACAAAAACUUUAAAAAGAUUUAUUGGCCUGCGGCAAAAGAACGCGUGGAAUUAUGUAAAUUAGCUGGGAAGGAUGCCAACACGGAAUGUGCAAAUUUCAUACGAGUGCUUCAGCCCUAUAACAAAACUCACGUUUACGUGUGUGGGACUGGAGCUUUUCAUCCAAUAUGUGGAUAUAUCGAUCUUGGGGCCUACAAGGAGGAAGUUCUGUUCAAGCUGGACACGCACGGCGUGGAGUCCGGCAGACUGAAGUGUCCUUUUGAUCCACAGCAACCCUUUGCUUCGGUCAUGACAGAUGAAUACCUCUACUCUGGAACAGCCUCUGAUUUCCUUGGCAAGGACACGGCAUUCACACGGUCUCUUGGGCCGACUCACGAUCACCAUUACAUCAGAACCGACAUUUCAGAGCACUACUGGCUAAGUGGAGCCAAAUUUAUUGGAACAUUCCCCAUACCAGACACCUACAAUCCAGAUGAUGAUAAAAUAUAUUUCUUCUUUCGAGAAUCAUCUCAAGAAAGUGCUACUUCUGAUAAGACCAUCCUUUCUCGUGUUGGAAGAGUUUGUAAGAAUGACCUAGGAGGACAACGCAGCCUGAUAAACAAGUGGACGACUUUCCUUAAGGCCAGAUUGAUUUGCUCCAUUCCUGGAAGUGAUGGUGCAGACACACAUUUCGAUGAGCUGCAAGAUAUUUAUUUACUCCCCACAAGAGAUGAAAGAAAUCCUGUAGUAUAUGGAGUCUUCACCACAACCAGUUCCAUCUUCAAAGGCUCUGCCGUGUGUGUGUACAGCAUGGCUGACAUCAGAGCAGUGUUCAAUGGUCCAUACGCUCACAAGGAGAGUGCAGACCACCGCUGGGUGCAGUAUGAUGGAAGAAUUCCUUAUCCCCGACCUGGCACAUGUCCAAGCAAAACCUAUGACCCGCUGAUUAAGUCCACCCGCGAUUUCCCAGAUGACGUCAUCAGUUUCAUCAAACGGCACCCUGUGAUGUAUAAGUCAGUGUACCCGGCCGCGGGUGCCCCCACCUUCAAGCGGAUCAACGUGGAUUACAGACUGACACAGGUGGUGGUAGACCACGUGGUCGCAGAAGACGGCCAGUACGACGUCAUGUUCCUUGGGACAGACAUCGGAACCGUCCUCAAAGUUGUCAGCAUUUCCAAGGAGAAGUGGAACAUGGAGGAGGUGGUGCUGGAGGAGCUGCAGGUCUUCAAGCACCCAUCAGUCAUCUUGAACAUGGAGCUGUCUCUGAAGCAGCAACAGUUGUACGUCGGUUCCCGGGAUGGGUUUGUUCAGCUCUCCCUGCACAGGUGCGACACGUACGGGAAAGCUUGUGCAGAGUGCUGUCUUGCCAGAGACCCCUACUGUGCCUGGGACGGAAGUGCCUGCUCCCGAUACGCACCCACUUCUAAAAGGCGAGCUAGACGCCAAGAUGUGAAGUAUGGGGACCCAAUCACCCAGUGUUGGGAUAUAGAAGACAGCAUUAGUCAUGAAACUGCUGAUGAAAAGGUGAUUUUUGGCAUUGAAUUUAAUUCAACUUUCCUGGAAUGUAUACCUAAAUCCCAGCAAGCAACUAUUAAGUGGUAUAUCCAGCGGUCAGGAGAUGAGCAUCGAGAGGAGUUGAAACCUGAUGAAAGGAUCAUCAAAACGGAGUACGGGCUACUGAUCCGCAGUCUGCAGAAGAAGGACUCUGGACUGUAUUACUGCAAAGCGCAGGAGCACACUUUCAUCCACACCAUAGUGAAGCUGACUUUGAACGUCAUUGAGAACGAACAGAUGGAGAAUACCCAGAGGGCAGAGCAUGAGGAGGGCAAGGUCAAGGAUCUGCUGGCUGAGUCUCGGUUGAGAUACAAAGACUACAUGCAAAUCCUGAGCAGCCCAAACUUCAGCCUGGACCAGUACUGUGAGCAGAUGUGGCACCGGGAGAAGCGGAGGCAGCGGAACAAGGGCAGUCCCAAGUGGAAGCACGUGCAGGAGAUGAGGAAGAAACGGAAUCGGAGACACCACCGAGCGCUGGACGCGCUUCCUAGGACUGUGGCUACGUAGCUUCCCGUGUAACUCAAAGCGUAGAAGUCUUCCUGCAGACACACUGUCCUCUGUUUUGUACGCCUCUUAUGCUAGCUCAUCAAUGCUUUCCAAGGACUUUUGCUGAGGCACAAGAACGGUGAUCUGAAUAAGACUGCACAGGGUGAAUAUGGGAGAGGAAGGGCAAAUGUUCAUCUGAACCUGUUUUCCAACAACAAAAGCUAUGCCUUCACAGUGUAAGAAAUAGGGGCUUUACAUUUGUAAAUGUUAUUCAGUUUUGAAUUUUUGAAUUUAUUAUGAAUGUAAAUAGUGGACCUAAACAAGCAUCACAUUCGAUGUUGGAUCAAGGUGCUGUAUUCCCUCACAUGUCCAGUAAGCACGAAGCUUCCCGGGCAGCUGUGCUGUGUCCUUGUGAACAGAGGAAGUGUCAUUCCACCCUGGAACUGGCCACCUUGUGGUAGGAACUGGAGGCAAGACACAGUUUAAAACAGCUCCCAGCAUCCACAGGAACUUUCCCAGAGAGCCAUUCACAAUUUUUGGAGCGUGAUGCAUGAAUUUGGAGAGGGGCGUUAUUUCUCGCAGGCCCUAGGGAUAAUAUUUGCUGUUCUGCAACACUGAUUUAUGGAAGGGCAUUAAUGUUCCGCCCAGGAUUCCUUGGGACUUGUCAGGAGUAACAGGUUCACAGAAGUUGGUGCUCAGUUACAUGCUUCUAGAAUGUUUGCUAAGCUCUACAGGGACAGAAUGCUUAGUGCAUAUUUUAGAUAUGGGAAAAGGUUUUAAUACAAUCGGGGCAACAUCAUGAUGUGUACUACAUCCUGAUGGGAAGACAUGUUGAUGACAUUUCUUGGGAGACAAAAGGAAAGAGAGCCAUAAAUUCUGGCCUUGGGGAAAACUCCUAUCCCCAUGACAAGGAAGAAGAAUCACAAAUAAAGUAGACAAAGUGUAAUGGAGCUGUUUUCACUGGGGUAUAAGCAGCUGCCAAUGUGUAGUCCAUCUGUUAAAAAAAAAAUCUCAAAUUAUAACAAACUGCCAGCAAAAGUCUUAGAAAAAGUAAAUUUCUAAAGGAUCACGGAGGGAUGAGCACAUUUUAUUUAUAACCAAUGAUAUUUCAGUAUGCAUUUCCUCUCCUUUUUCUAAAUAUUUAUCAUACUUUGUAUAUUAUUUCCAUUAACUGCCUUUAUUCUCUCCUGCUUAUUGGGUUGUUGGGUUAUAUUUGAGUGACUAGAAAAAACACAAUAUACAAUAUACAAUACAUAUUGAGCUAGAGUGAAGUAGACUAUAGCGGUGUGGUGGGUGUACGUUUGUUGAACAGGACAAGUGCAAAAUUUCGACAACGGAAAGGGUUAAAUGAACUCUUUGACAAGUUUCCUUUACACAACUUUUUUGCAUUUCCAAGGUGAUAUUUUGUAAUUCUAGUAGCAUUGAUUUAGUAAUUUAACAAUAAAUAAGCCUACCACAGGUAAAGAAAAGGAGCUCACCCACAUUAGCAUAAACUGUUUUCGUAUUUUUUAGCACUUUCAAAUGUUUCCAAUUCAGCUUUGUUUCUGAAUCUUCAUGGUGUGUUUCCUGUCUGUCUAAGCAGAGACUCACCUUUCCUCCUAACACAAAACCCUCAGCCUUCUUCUGUCUGGCCUUUUCACGCCAUUUAUAGUGUGAAAUGAAAAAUUAGUCACUUCCUCACAUGAAGGACAGCUUUUCAGAAAACUAAAUAACAGACAUUGCUUGUUUCUCAUACCCGUUCUGAAAGACAAUCUGUGAGAAAGCUGUGAGGUUAGAGGACAACUCCUCGCAGAAUCUGCGACUGGCUCCGUGUUCAGAGCAUUAUCUCCCUUCUAAACUCAUGUCGCUUGCAUUGCUUCCCUGUCUCUGAGUGGUCAGACUGAUAAUUCAGGUGGGGUGUCCUCUUUUGGUAAUGUACUCAUGGACAUGUGUAGAUGUUUCACUGUAGGGAAACGUGAAGGAAUAAUGGGAGUGAUAUUUUCAUGAACCAGAACAAAUCCUUUUUGAAAACAUAAUGCAUAAGAAUAGUUGUGGCAGAAUCAGACUACUAACUGAAUAACCUAACAUGAGUCUUGCUAAUUGUUGAUUUCCUGGGAUAAAAUGUUCCAGAGAUUCAUAGCAAGCUCAAAGCAAGUAAGUGGGAUCAGGCUUUAUGUUUGAAAAAAUUUCCAAAUAGUUGUGUAUCUGACGGUUUUAAUAAAAUAUGGAUGGGUUUGGAAAAAUUACAUGAAGUGCAAAAGUUAGGAUUGACUUGUGAGAUUACAAAUUUUAUUCUCAUCCAUAUGUGGGUAUCCAAACCAUUUUUAAAAUCUUUCUAAUCUUAGUUAUUCAGACAAAAUUUGUGGGACUUCUUUUAUGCCUACUGUCUACUAUUCAGGCUGCUUUGGAUAAAAACUUAGGUCAAUUUCUUAAAAAUAUUGGAAAUAUUAGUUAAAUACAUUUUUAUGUAACAAAAAUAAUAUGGGGCAAAGAUGUAUGUGUGUUUCUAAUGAUAGAGGACAUCUAGACAGCAUUUAAUUGUUUAAUUGUCUUGUACACGUAGAGGAACAGUGCGAAUAUAUUAAGUCUGCAAACACAUUCUGUACUCCCUCACUGUUGAAAACUUCACCAGAUUUUCUUUGAAAGAAUGAAGAAGAAAAUUAUAGUUAACAGCUUCAAAUAUGGUAAGGAAUCAACUCUCAAUGGAGAGGGUCUUAAACUGUGUUUAUUCUUGGUUUCCUAUUUUCUCUCUAGUCUUCAAUACAUAUGUCUUUUGACUUCCUUGUGUGUUCUCGCCUGCAUUUCAUUCCAGCUAUUUAUGCUGCUAAAUGGAAUCCCGCCUGUCUGCAUUCAUUUACAUUCAAUUUAUCAAGCAUUUUAAGAGUUUUUUUAGAAAUGGAUAGCCUAAGUAAUUAAUUUAUGCAGAACAUUUUUUUUCCUCAAAAAACUCAAAACACUACAUUCACAUCAUUGAAUAAACAUUCCUGAAACUCAACCAAAUAACUUAAGAAAUGGAAAAAUAGCAAAAAAGAAAUUUAGUAAUUUCCAAAAGCCACAACAGUAGAAGAACUAUAAUUCAUGCAGACUGUCGUUGCCAUCAUUCUGUUGGCUACAGUCAUGCUCAUUGACAAUAUGCUGGCUACAGAAUUGUCUUCUCUUGCAUUUUGUCUCUGGUCUCCAUCUUGGUUCUUCUUAUGCUGUUACCUUUUGUUCCUGCUGAAUUGUGCAGACUCAACUGGAAGAUUAGUUAACAACAGUGCUGAGUUUUCACUAUGAUCAAAGCUGAAUUUCCAAGGACAACUUGAUUUCAUUCAGAUUUUGACAAUAUAAUAUUUAUUUCACAUAUGUAUGUACAAGUGAAAAUCACCUCCCAAUAUGAUGUCAAAUUUGUCUUUGAUAAUAUUCUGGAAUUUACUAGCCUUUUUGCAAUUACUGAAAAAGACAGAUAUUUGAAAAGCGUUUUAGAACAAUUAUAUAUUUUUCUCACAGCAAAUGACCAAAACAUUUAAAUAAUUCAGCUUACCAUGUGGUUUAAAAAAUUCUAAAAUUCCCAGAUUCUGUGUAUUGAGAAUACAAAGAGAAGAGUAGGCACAUGACUUAUACCUCACCUUUAAAUAUUUGUAAUAGAAGGUAUUUAUGGUAAGUUUGAAAUAGAUGGUUUUGGGGGAAAAGACAAAAUCUAUCAGAAGCCAUAAUUAAUCACAUAAUUUAAUUCUUGUAUUGAGAGUGAUUAGCCGUCAAUUUAGAAUUUGUAGUUUUGCUAUUUUGAGAUAAAUGUAGUCUUGUAUAAAAUAAUUAGAAAUUGUUAAAUGUAUAUUUUGGUUGUAUUAUAAUAAAACACAAGCAUUUGUGUUCUAUGAGUAUGAAGAGUGUUGGUUUGUGCUCAGAUUUUGUUUUUAAUGCUUAAAAAAAUUUACACAGAGAGUUGAAUUGGAUAACGUACCAAAGAAAGCAUUUCCUGAAAAUUUUCAGUACAUCUUUUUGCACUUUAAUAUGCGCUAAUUCAUUUGUGAAAUAAAAGAAUAAAGAUUCCUCCCCUCUUCAUACAAUAUUAGAGUGAAGCUGUAUUGUCAUUUAAUUUAGGUUUUGACCCACUAGGGUGAACAUUACUAUCACAGGUACAAGGGCAUUUCAUAAAGUAUAUGGGAAAAUGGCACUAAAAGAUAAAUUUAUUUUGGUGCAAAAGAUUUUGAAAUCCAUGCAUAAUUUU